CGGGCACCGAGUCGUCUGGCAAGACUGCGGGCACCGAGUCAACUGGCGGAACAGCGGGCGGGCAUCGAGUCAACUGGCGGAACAGCGGGCUUCGAGGCGUCUGGCAAGACUGCGGGCACCGAGUCGUCUGGCAAGACUGCGGGCACCGAGUCGUCUGGCAAGACUGCGGGCACCGAGUCGUCUGGCAAGACUGCGGGCACCGAGUCGUCUGGCAAGAUUGCGGGCACCGAGUCGUCUGGCGGAACAGCGGGCAUCGAGUCAACUGGCGGAACAGCGGGCACCGAGUCGUCUGGCAAGACUGCGGGCACCGAGUCGUCUGGCAAGACUGCGGGCACCGAGUCGUCUGGCAAGACUGCGGGCACCGAGUCGUCUGGUGGAACAGCGGGCAUCGAGUCAACUGGCGGAACAGUGGGCACCGAGUCGUCUGGCAAGACUGCGGGCACCGAAUCACCAGGCACGACAGUGGGCUCUGACUCAAUUGGCACGACAGCGGGCACCGGGUCAUCAGGUACCGGAUUGUCUGGCUCGACAGCGGGCAUCGGGUCACCAGGCAUCAGGUCAUUUGGCUUGCCAGCGGGCACCACGUCAUCUGGCAAGGCAGUGGGCACCGGUCACCAGGCAUUGGAUCGUCUGGCUCGACAGCGGGCAUCGGGUCACCAG